AACAGUCUGCAGCUCGAACCAGUAAUUAAGCUUACCUCUCUCCGACCGAUUCCCAAAUCAUCGUAUAACCUUGCGACGAAAGCAACGACGACGUUUGCGUAAUCUGUGGAGCCAUUUUUAUGAAUUCGAUUGAAUUUUCGUCAAAUUGAAAUUCAUACACGAUAUUAUUGCUGUAGUUUCUCUUUUUGGGAAAAAAAUAAUCCACAGCCGCAAUUAAGGCUUCCUGUGUUGUUUUUAUUCGAUUAGGAUUAGUUGAAUCUCGCCGCAACCUCGCUUAUUUUUAUCUGCAGAUCUGAAAUCUGAGUAGGUUUUGUUUCUGAAUUUAUUUGAAUCGUGUUAUUUGAUUGAGUGAGAGAAUGGUAGAUUCGCCGUCGGAGGCUGAUCCUGACGAAUGUGACACCGAACCGGAAUUCGUUGAGGUUGAUCCAUCCGGUCGCUACGGUCGGUAUAAGGAAGUGCUUGGUAAAGGAGCUUUCAAAAAAGUCUAUAGAGCAUUUGAUGAAUUGGAAGGAAUUGAGGUGGCAUGGAAUCAGGUCAAGGUCUCUGAUCUCUUGCGAAACUCGGUGGAUUUGGAGCGGCUGUAUUCUGAAGUGCACUUGCUUAAGACACUUAAGCAUAAAAACAUUAUCAAAUUCUACAACUCAUGGAUUGAUACCGUGAACGAGCAUAUCAACUUCAUUACUGAAAUUUUCACAUCUGGGAAUCUACGACAGUAUAGGAAGAAACAUAAGCAUGUUGAUGUAAGGGCGUUGAAGAAAUGGUCCAGACAAAUCCUAGAGGGGCUUCUGUAUCUUCAUAGUCAUGAUCCUCCUGUAAUUCAUCGUGACCUGAAGUGUGAUAACAUUUUUGUGAAUGGAAAUCAAGGAGAGGUGAAAAUUGGCGAUCUGGGGUUGGCUGCUAUUCUUGAGCAAGCUCGUGCUGCUCACAGUGUAAUUGGUACACCUGAAUUCAUGGCACCAGAGCUUUAUGAGGAGAAUUAUAACGAGCUUGUUGAUAUAUAUGCCUUUGGUAUGUGCUUGCUGGAGCUAGUGACCCUUGAGUAUCCAUAUGUUGAAUGUACCAAUGCUGCACAGAUAUAUAAGAAAGUGACUUCUGGAAUCAAGCCAGCGUCACUUGUUAAAGUAAAGGAUCCUGAUGUCCGGAUGUUCAUAGAGAAAUGCAUUGCGAAAGUUUCUGAUCGAAUGUCAGCCAAACAACUAUUGAUGGACCCAUUUCUACUAUCGGAUGAGGAUUCUGGGAUAUCUCGCUCUCUACACCAAUCUUCAAGUGAUAAUGCCAACCAUUUUGAUGCUGAAAAUCACCACGAAGACACCCUGUUUGAGGGCAGUCUCGAUUUCGUGGUGCAGGGGCAAAGAAAAGACCAAAACACAAUAUUCUUGAAACUUCGCAUAGUGGAUUCAUCAGGUCAUAUUCGGAACAUUCACUUCCCAUUUGAUAUUGAGGUGGAUACCUCGACUGACGUCGCUAGUGAAAUGGUUGAAGAGCUGGCUUUGACCGACCAUGAUGUCUCAGUUGUUGCUGCAAUGAUUGAUUCUGAAAUUCAGUCCCAUAUUCCUGAUUGGGCACCAAGAGAAUUAUCUGGCAGAAAUAAAGCAACUUUAGAAGAAAGUGCUUCUAGGCCUGCUUCUCCAGCAACCACUGAUUCGUCCAAUGCAAUUGUUAUGGAAAGACUUCCAUCCGGACGCAAGUAUUGGCAUGACUCACCAAAAGAUAGUGCUGAAAACUCUCCACAUCCUGGCCCUUCUAACUUGUUGCUGCCAGAAUCAAAUCUCUCUAGAGACAGUUGGUCUGAUGAAAAUAAUCAAUCUCCUGUUGGUCAUAGGGAUAACAUUAGUUCAUAUGAAGGUUCCCCUCUCAGGCAUGUGACUAAUUUACGAUCUGUUGAUGUUAACCAUGGUCAUCAUGAUGAUGUAUCAGAUGACGAGUCACCAUCUUUGGGAGAUAAUACAAUUUCAACUGGAAAUGAGUCGGAUGACAUAAAGGACAUUAUCGAGAAGCUUGAGCAUAUGCUGGAUGAUCAGCAGAAGGAGCUAGAAGAACUUAAGAAGAAGCAUGAAGUAGCAAUUACAGAGAUUCUAAAUGAACUUCCCGAGGAGAUCCGUAUGAGAAUUCUCAGAAUAUGCAACCAGAACAGAUCAGAACAUAACUUUCAUUACAGAGGGACUCCACUUGAAGACUGAAUUGUUGGAUUGAUCUUCCUUGAUGACAACUUCAAGUCUUACUCUUCUAACACCAGCGUUGAAACAAAAGCAGGGAGCUCGUUGAAAGUGAGGAUGUCAUAAUGCCUAGUGAUCAAGCUGUCUAAUCUGGUAAAAUGUUUGAAACUCUUUCACCCGUUUUCUUCAGUCAAUAGGCCCUUCUAGUUUUCCUAUAAGGUAUACCUGUACAGAUUCAUGGUUUUUUAUAUCCAACACGAGGGCUUUCGAUAUUAGAAAGCCUGUGUUUUUUUGGUUUUGUGAGCUAUGUUUAUGUUUAUGUUUAUGCUUCAUAGUGCAUGGAGGCUGUUAGUGUGGUAUAUUGUACACCUUAAUAUGUUUGAUUGCUGAUGGAUUUUAGACAUGAAAUCAUUUGUACACAGAAUAAGUAUGUGAUUAUUACGUGUUUUUAACAUCUCA